AUGGCUGACAUGAUGAUGUUGCAUGUAACAAAAAUAUACUGAUUUAAAUAAACCCUUAUUCCUGUUACAAAACCCUCUUUUUCCAUAAUUUAAGAUAUUAAAAAUGUCCCGCCAUUCCUGUUCUCGUUUUCAGAAAUAGCCAUCGUGUCUCCAUUAUUUCUCCAACACACUGCCUAACCCUGUUAAUUUUUGGAGAAAUCAAGUAUUCCCGAGUUAUAUUCCCUGGAGGCAUUUCUCAUCCUUCGUUUAUAUACUCUGUAUUUCUUUUAACCCCUCAUGUCCAUGAGUUAUUUACAACGUUUCUUGAUAGUGCCGUUGUAUAUACAAGAUGUCAGAUCAGUGGUCGCUUUGGACGAACUGCACAACACUACGCAGCAAAGACCAAAGCACAGUGGAUGACAUGUUUAUAGAACGUUUUCAAAUACGUGUAAAUGAUUACUAACCUUAUACUCUGCCAUUGACCUUCAGGUGACCAAGGACCUCCUGGACCACCAGGUAUGGCUACAUCUACAUAAACCAAAACAAAAGAGGUCGUUCUCAGUCAUUUCUACAUGACUAUGAUCUUUGGCCAUUUACAUGGUCGCUGAGAUAUCCCAUAGCAUCCAUUUAAGCUGAAAGAAAAAUAUUAUCAAGGUUGAUUGAAAGUUUGCCUAUGAACUCCCCUCACUUUUUUCCCAUUUUUUUUUCUCCUUUUUAUUAAAGUGUCAGAAAGACCGAAGACCAAUCAGGCGCCAGCUUUAAAAUACAGUACGAGAGCCGGAUUUACGAAAUACGCCAUCUUCUUGAGGCAAGAAGGUCUAAAUUUCGUUCCCUUUUCUUUUUCUCUUUGGCAGGUUUAUCAGGCAUAGCAGUGGGAGUAAGUGUUUUACAGCAUCUAUUUUUUUUUUUCACAAAUGAUGGGCUCAGUAUUUCCUCAACAAACGAUCAACCUGAAUUCUGGAGCCUAAACAAACAGGCUGUAUUUCGUAGACAUUAAUAACAAAGCAGCAAAGAGAAAAGCGACUCGAGGUUUCCCGUUAGUUCGGACGAAAGAGGGCUUGUCCGUCCGAAAUGUCGGGAAAUCUCUACAAUUUGCUUUUCUCUUUGCUGUACUCUUUUGUUAUUUUUAAAAAAAAUUAAAAUGUGUAUGGAUUUGUCUUAGAUAAAACAAAGACCCUUUUUGAGGGCUUAUAUUCGGAGGGGCUUAUCUACGGAGGGAAAUUUGCGUCUCAAAAUCGAUUGGGCUAGCCUUAUUGUUGGAAGUAAAUUUACCGUUUUUGCUUUGUUUUACUUUGUAUUUGAGGGCAAUUUUCCAAGUACAAGCCCCUGGGGGGCUUAUAUUUGGAAGGGCGAUUUGACGGAGGGUUUUUUGCGUUACCGGCUUGGGGGGCUUAUAUUUGGAGGGGCUUAUACAUGGAGGGGAUUAUUUUCGGAAUUUUACGGGAUUUUAUUGUUCCCCUGCGAGGAGGCUUUUCAUUUGCGGGGGGAUCUUGCGAGAAGUCACGCGCGAGUGGCACACGGGCCGAAGGAGGCGUAGCCUUAGGGAUACGUCACACGAUCCUAAGGCGUGGGAGGCUAAAGAAGGCGCGGUUCUCUCAAAGGUCACUUUUCUCGCCAUUCGGAAUAAAGAGCUGGCUCGCAGGCUAUUCUCGAGUUAUCCUACAUAUUUCAUGUCAUUUCAUUUCAGUUAAGAGAUUCAGCUCAUAUUGUUGGUUAUGGCGAUCAUAUCAAUCCACCCACAGGUAGAACAAAAUGUUAGUGUUAUUAUUCUUGAUUAUUAUACAUACGUAUAACUUUACGAUCUCGCUUCUUCUUAAAAAAACAAUAAUUUUGUAACGUUUAAACGCGAUACAAACACGUGACGCGACUACAGUUUUUCUGUCAUCAAUAUGAUCACAUGAUCACUACCGAAUGUUUUGAAUGACCGAAUGUCUUUUUGGUGCUUUUUUUCUUUACUGUUCCACCUUUCACUUCUUUAGUGUUCUUUCCUUCACUACUAUUAAAUACUUUUUAAUUAAUUUGUUUUAUCAUGGGUCACGUGACUUCUUAAAGAGAGGAAGGUCUUAAAAUAUACCUGACUUAUUUUUACCUACUCAUAUAUUAACAAGAAGAAUCGUGUAAACCCUUAUGAUGUACGUUUUUUGCAAGUUAGGUCACCGGUUAACAUUGGAGAAUCAGCGCUCAAUUCACAAAUGUUUAAAGUCCUCUGUGUGUUCGUGAAACCACCGAAAUGUGUGGGGAAAAACCGCAGUUGAACUAAACCAAAACCACGCCUUGUCGAGUGGCUGUAAGGCAAGGCGACCGAGCGAAUGUACAUGAAAACGGAGUUUAGUUCCUAGCAGAAUGAAACGUUCUUGUCCUUAACCACCGGCGAUUUCGUCAUGACGUCACGUGCAAACUAGCCACAUUUUUUAUGCCGAUCAACUCUGUUACUAACAUCUCUUUGCUUCUCUUAUAGUUCAUCGCAUCACGAACUGGAGACUGGGCCACAAAACCGGGAAUAUAAGAUUCCUCAGCAACAGUUUUCUCGUGAUUGGCACUCCUGGUUACUACUUCAUAUACAGCCAACUGUUCUAUUACGCUGGGGACACGCUCUUCAUGGGUCAUUACACAUACAUCAAUGAGCAGCCUGUCAUGCGCAGUAUCAGUAGCGUUGUAAGCGAGACAAAGAAAUACAACACGAAUUACCAAGGGGCUGUUUUUCUCCUCAGUAAAGGAGACAAAAUAUCAGUGCGGAUUCCAUUCACCAAGUCCUAUUUUAUGCAAAGGGAGACCAGCUAUUUUGGUGCAUUCCUCAUAAGUCCCGUCUUAAACGGCACUGAAUCGACCACUGACAGCCCGGAUAAUUAGAGCGAUUUUCGUAUGACUCGAUAUUACCUUGAAAUGAAAACGCGCGAACAAAACAGAAACAACAAACGAACGGAAAUAGAGCGAUAUGAUUGCAUGGUUAUCGAACGGAUACAAACGUGCGUGACUUGUGGUUGGUUAAGCGAACGCUUAGGGAGAAAAAACUUCAUGCCCGAGAACUUUCUACAGAUCAAUCGAUACUUCGCUUUGACGUCAUACUGCAACACGACUUGCCAAUCGAAAAAUGCCUUCUCCAUAUUAGAGUUUUCUUUGGCGGUUUUGAUCUUUUCGUCCAUUGGCUGAUAAAACAAAUAACGAACACUUGCCGAGUAAUACCGAAACCAUUUUCCAAGGUCAUACGAAAAUCGCUCUAAAAUGGAUUUAAGAAUUCUACAGUUUUUCGCUGUUAUUGUUGUUAUUAGUCCACACGAUUUGCUAGCUAUACAAAUCAGGUUAAGGCACUGGGUUCUGUUGAAGUUCCAUACUUUCCCUCAUUUAUUCUGUUCAACAGAGGGUCUCCCCCCGCCCCCCCCUCCCCCUUCCCUUCGCCAAGUCAGUUCUGUAGAAAACGUUCAAAUUGUCCGAAGGCUGAGAGACGCUUUUACUACUGAUCCAUUAACGUCUUAGGAGCUAAAAUUUGGCUCGCCACUUCGUUAACACGAAAUCGUUCAAUAUUUUCGCACUGUUCACACGGAACUUUAGGCGGCUCGGAGACGUCUAAAUUUUCGUACGGUUAAGGUGGUUCCAUGUGCACCUGCGCCGUGUCAACGUAGCCUUUAGUUAGUGCCUCAUUCAAUAACCACCAGCCACAACCUCGUUCCCAGGGUUCUCUCCUACCCGUCUCUUUCGAGCGUGAGAGAACCCGGGCCACGAGGUUGCACUAGCUGUUCUUGACACAAACGUUUUGGAGGAUGAAAGCCUAUUAGUCUCCUUGCCUCAGUUUUCCACAGCAGAGAUUCCAACCCUCCUGUCUUGGCCGCAAACCUUCCGUUUUCGGCGAAUAUUUCCGUCCUCCACUUUGCGCAUAAUAUUCUCCGGAUUUUUAAAAGUUUUUCUAGCCAAAGAAGAUUAAUGUUUUCUUUACUUAGCCAGUCUUUUUAGCACGAUUCUUUGCCGUUUUUCUGUGGAACUCAGCCACUUUUUAUACCUUUUGGCAUCCGAGCAUGAGCCUGCGAUAAUUUUCGAUCUCAAAAUGCUGGAAAUGGCAUCUAAGAGGCACUGCACUGGCAUACCCCCGGACCCCCUAGAGGCUCGCAUCUUCAAUGCACAUGGGAGCGCUCCGCUCCUUAAAGCUUCCUUUUUUAGUGGACGGAGUUGGAAUCUCUGCCACAGUCAUCUGUCCUUAAAUAAACAAUCAUUUUUCUGUCAUUUUCCCGAAUCUUCGCAGAGCCGUUUCCAUGAGCAUUUUACUAACCGUACUGAUUCUCAAUCAGGAAAAAUCCUGUUUAUUUUCUUGUUUGGACUGAAGUCGACGACAAGUGAUCAAAUCACACCUUUUGAACGUUGGGUGUAACUUAAAGUAAAGUUUUGAUCCGUUUUACAUUGUUCUAUGUGAGUCAAAUUAGUUUGACCUGAAAAUAGAUUAUUCUGCAAGGACCGAACUGCAAUCUACUCGCUUUUUGAGCAUUCACCUCACCGAAUAUUAAUCUAACGCACUAUACUUACUGACGAAAACUCAAUGAUUCAUUCCGUACCAUUUUUGCGAAUUUUGGAUUAACCGCUCGAAUGUCCAAGGGAUUUAUAGGCUUUCGUAUGCAGAAAAUCGUGCGAAGAUAUUUUAAGCCUCUCUGAAGUUUGCUUUGGCAAACGGAAUCUAGGUCUUUAUUACCAAGUCAGUUCGUCAGUUCUUUGAUUACUUAGCGGUCAAUUUAUUUAACGAGAAAUUUGGUGCAUGACGAACCACAUAAUAGCUAUCCUAAAACAAAAUCGCCAUUUUUGCAGAAAACGAUAGUCACCCCUCAUUUUCAGAAUGUGUCAAUGAAAGAACUGUGCGCGAAAAAAAAUACCUAUGAGUAAAAAUGCACUGAACUGUUUCGAAGGCUCGCGCGGUUAUGGGUUGAUCAGUUUCCGUACGCAAAGAUUUCGAAAGAUCUUCGGAUUAAGUAUUCCGAAGUAGUCACGGAAAAAAUGGGACAAGAACUCAUUUUCGGCGUUUUUCUACUCAAGAAUUGGACAUAGUAGCUGAUUUCAGAAGAAUCUUCACUUAUAUAAAUGGGCUAUUUUCUCUGUGUUUCUUUAUACUUUGGUGUUAUCCGGUCUAGGCCUAUAUAAGAGUACGAGAUGGUAAGAGUUCAAACCUUUUGUACUCACACGAUAAGAAGCCAAACGGAUAAAAUUCUGGAAGAUGGCAAAAUUAUCACUUGUAAAUUACAAUCAAUAAUAAGGGAAAAGAAAACGAACAAUCUUUACGGGAAAAAAAAUACUUUUGAAGUUAAUUUGCAUUUUGUAGUUUUGAAGCGCACUUAAAAGUCCGAGUUUAAGUUAACUAGCAAAAGUGCUCUUAAGUUCUUGAGUGUUGUUUAGAGUAAAACUUGCUUGAUACAAAGGUGUCUUAAUUAUACUAGAGAGUAGUGCCAGGCUCUGUUUAGCAUUAAUAGCUUAGUAUCUUAUGCCCACAGGGUACGUUAAGUUAUUUAAUGUUUACCUGUUCACCAUGAUAAAAAUAAUCCAUAUUAAAAGAUGGGCUUAAUAAUUAACUAGUUUGUAUCAAACUAUAAAACUUACAUGAUUGUUGUAAAAAAGCCAGUUGUAAAUAAACUUAAACA